CACAUUUCUCUGCCUAACAGAAUUAGAUGUCAAACAAAGCGGAGAAGAAAAUUUUUUCUGCUUUCAAUAUUGAAAUCAAAUUUGUGAAAAUAACUACGUUACAUACAUAUAUAUUUUAUAUUAAAUAAUAAGAAUGCCAACCUAUAGGAACACCAGCUACUACAACCAACCGAAAGCAUCGGUGCAAGAGAUUAAAUUAAGCACUCACAGCUCCAAAUCCAAUGCUAGUGCACAAGAAGAACUUGUAAAGAAACGCUCAACGACAGCGAAACCCUUGAAACGUCCCACAAAAACUACUUACGAAGUUUGCGAAUCUACGCAGACUUCACUGAAAGAUGCAUCUGGCAUCAACAUUGCCGAAAAAUGCAAAGACAACACCAAACCAUAUAUUAAUGUACCGGUUAUACAAAUACGUCUUUCUGAAGAAGAGUCAAUCGUGUCCACACCACCACAAAAGCAACGAGGCUACGAUUUUACCAGCUCGACCAAUUCGCAUUUUGAUGGUUGGCUAGUAACGGCGCCGAAGAAAUUCAAACGCGCCUGCUCGAGUACACCAACUUCGUCGAAGCGUAAAAGUAGCACGUCUAGCAUGAAAACAACACCACCACGGAAGGUAUCAGAUGAGAAUCUAGUCACGUCACAAGAAAUGGUCGACUCCCAGCACAAAGAGUCCGGCGCUAAACGCAUGGUUUUUCGCGGUCCCGAAUGGAAGAAACCAUGUCAGGAGAGCGUGGUGGCCGGCGCACCAAAACCGUUUGUCGGCGCAUGUCCAUUGAAUUUCGAAGAGUUUGCUAAAUUAUCGCGUACACGUCAGAAAUUCUUCCUAACGCAGGAUCCACGUAAGAAAUACUGCUUAGUAAAUCCACAGGCAUUGCGUACGAAAGCCUUUUCGGAGAAACGUGAAUUUAAUAUAUUAACAAAAACCGUUAAAUAUGCUGAUAAUGUUUGCGGUGAGACGCAAUCGCAAUCAUCGGAAUCUUUCAUAUGCGAUGUAAUCGAUUUAGAGAAUCCUAUGCAGUUAGAUUUUCAAGGACUCGAUUACCGUAAAACCUAUCAGGCCGACGAACAGGAUAUACAGAAUCAGAGUCUGUACCGUAGUAUUGUGCGUUACAUGGAGCGACGUCGCGUCAGACAGGAGACGCAGGACAAAGUUGAGGAGGAGCUACAAAAUGAGCGCCUAGCAGUGCCGAAAUGCUUUGAUGUGCCAGAUCGUACACACGAAGAGAAAGUGUCUGUCAUUGAGCCGCCAGUGCCAUUCUGUAAACUUUUUCGUUCAGCCGACAAGCCUUACAAUCAACAAACAAUCGAAGAAGAAAGUCGUAAUCGGCGCAAUCGUUACAAGAAUCUUUAUUUGGAACGCAAAGAAUUGGCAGAAGAAGAAGAGGCCGCAAAAGAGGUGCAAGAUAAAGUCAAUGAGGAGCUCAAACCCACAAAGUUAGCUAUGGAACAUUUUACGGAAGUUUUAAAUACCGUAAAUGCAGCAUAUGAUCCACAAAUUAAAAUAGAGGCGCUGUUGCGCAAACCACCAGAGCCAGCCACAAUUUAUCCGCAUACGAUGCGCGAAACGAAACAAUUCAAAAAGAAAUUAAAAGCGCAGAACCGCAUCAAGCGUGAUAAUGCGCUGGUGAAAAAGGAGUAUUAUUUGGAGAAUUUUGACAAGUUGAAAGACUAUCCUGAAGCGAAAAUCGAGCUGGGUAGCGAUACGCCACGGCAUGCCAGUGAGAGUCCUGAGCUGAGCGAGCAGUCCAGUGAUGAUGAGGACAAUAUCAAAGUUGGCAAAUAUGGCAGCAAUUUCCAGUUGCGCGGCUUUCACUUCAAAUUGGGUAAAAGCUUGCGUGGUAAGCGACAUCAGACCGAGAAAACCGGUGGUGCGCGCAAGGAAAAAACAUGUACAACGCGUGAAAAUUGGCUGGCAGAAUUGGUGCCAAAGAAGGAAGUGGUAAAAAUGGAUAUCGAAGAGGGCAUACCGAAAAUACGUGGUCCAGAUGAUCCGCUAUUAAAGAUUUUUCAACCGCAAUUCGGCUAUAAGCUACCGCAAAUAAAGAGUAGUGCCGUACGUGAGUACAUCGAGAAGCGAUUGGGACGUCAUUACGAACGUGAUUUACGCAAAAAAUUUAAAAUGGUGCGACCACGCCUCGAGUAUCCAAUGAAGAAGUUCAAUUUGAUAAACUUUCUUUAUACCGAUAAUACAACUGACUUGGGUAAUUUCAAGCCAGACCACACAAUCGAAGAUGAUAAAGCCGAUCUAAUGAAGUUAAAUACGACGCUUGAAUAUAUGGCAGCCAAGGAGGAUAUUAAGAAACAAGAGAAGUCCAAGAUAAAAGAGAAACGCCUCAAAUUGCUGGGCAUACCGUGUUAUGUGGUGAAAAGGUCGAGUUUGCAAACGAAAUGCGAACAAUCGGAUACGGACACAGAUUCAGAAUGGGUGCCAACACCGGAGCCGGAGUUGGCCGAUCAGGAAGAGGAAAAUAUGCGCGCACGACGGGCCAAGAGUGUUGCGCUACCAUUAGCGAUGCGUGGUAAUAUGCCUGCGCCCAAAUAUCGCGAAACCACAAUACGUCGUCAUCCGCGGAAGCCACGUGAUUACAUCAAAGAGCGUGUGCCCUCGCAACUGUUCGAUGAAACGGUUGCCGCUGUGCAUAAGCCGCACUUAUUGAAACUAAAAACCGAUGACAUGCAUUUCAGUAAUUUACGCGAUGUACCAAAUCGUGAGUACUCGAAAAUCUUCGAGGCACGCCACCAUCACGAUCACUGGAAUCAUAUGCAACAGAAACCGGUAGAUGUACACUAUCAGCCAAAAAUUAUCAAAGCCGAAGCGACCAAAGGCAAAAGUAAGAAGGAUCGUGUUGUUAUGGAGAAUUUUCGAAUGGCCCAGCCGCCAUGCAAUCAAUUCGUCGGCAUGGAUUUGACCAUCUCCAAAUGUGAUACAAAGGAAUUGCUGGCGGAAUAUAUGCGGAAUACACGCAAACAUACCACCACCGACAAGACUUUAAAGAUCAAGGAUUUGUGUCAAUCCACUGAUGUUAACUUUCAUAGUCGAACGCGUAGCGAAAUAGAGGCACUCAAUUUUCCUGGUCGAAAAGAAUAUUUAGAUUUUUUACACGAAGUGCGCAAGGCCCUCUAUGAAACGAAAGUGAGCGAAGAGGAGGGACAAAAGCUCACUGUUGAUCGUGACGAAAUCAUACAAGAAAUUGAAGAGGAUCUCAAAAGUAUUGAAUCAUGUUUAACAUCGCUCAGCAGUUCGAUCUGCACGAAUCUUACCAAUGAUAGCGGUAGCUUUUUACUAAUGGAGGGCAAAACGAAAAUACCACUCGAUUACAUACGCAAAUCGGUGGUACCAUUCGAGCCGAUGAACCGCUGUCGCUUCAAAUUGGUACCGCUAGAUAUCGAAGCUGAGGAAAAUAAUCCCUUCAAAGUACUGCCAUUCACUGGACAGGGUAAGGCGCAGAUUGAGCUAAACACCGCCAAAGAUAGUUUUUUCACUUUCAACACACGUCUACAAAAUGGUUUGCGUUUACGGCUCGAGGUACCGGUAGAGGAUGUGCGUCAAAAACUAAUUGGACGCGCAAUGCACAAGUAUCGCAGUGUUGUGACGACAGACAUCGAUGAGAACUAUGUGGAUGAAUUGAAGAAACGACCGCCCGUGAAGAUGUUCAGUUUCAAAACGGCCAGCUCAUUUAUUAAGGAUGCUCUGCGUUUGAAGUACGAAUCUAUGCUGAUACAAGGUCAAAUAGUGCGCACCAAAAUCUAUGAUCGUCUCAAUGAGCAUCAUUGGGAGAAUAUGAUGCGCUUGAAGGUGCUUUAUGAAAAACUAUUCGCCAAGUGGGAGAAACGUGAAUAUGAAGCGGCGAUGUCGGUGGUGCAUCAGGUCAAAUCCUAUUAUGAUCGCACAGAUGCUUUGAGGCGUGAAUUUCGUGAAUUGGAACGUCAACAGAUUGUACUCAAUAUGGAUAUAGUUUUUAUUGAGGGUCAUUGGAUACGCCGUAUUAUGCUGCAGAACUUUCAUUAUCUUCUUGGUGAUUCCGAGUGGCGUUACGAAAAUGAUUGGAUACAUCGUAUAGAGAAGGUUUCACAGCGCGGCUCUGAGUGUGAAGAGGCUGAAGAAGAGUUUGGCGAGGAAGAAGAAGAUGGUGAAGAAGGCGAAGAUGGUUGUAACAAGAUAACUAUUGAAUUGGAGAAUUUCGAAGAGUCUAUAUUGAGACGCACAAUAGUAAAUAUACGUAAGCGUGAUAAAGAUGACGCAUGGGCAAUUAAGAGCUACUACGAGGAUGUCUAUAUGCAGAAUUUACAUCCGAUAUUAAUUGUUUUUCCCAAUGCAGAGAGUUUUAUGAGAGGCAUAGAGAAUUUAAAGAUUAAAACAUUUGUGCUGUUACUCGAAAUGCACUUCACAUUAUCCAUUAACACCGAACUGCAGAGUCGGCUGGAAAUGUUUGAGGUGUGGUGUUUGGAGGACUUGCGUGAGAAACAGUCGUAUGUGUCGCGUAAAUGCGCCAAGCUAUAUUUUAUGUCCGAUCGUGCGGCGGAUAUGAAAAUGCGCACUUUGGAUUUUCUGUCGGAACCGGUCGAGAGUUCAUUCAAUGAUGAGGCUUUCAUCAAACAUCGUGCGGUCAUUGUGGAAGUGUGGCGCGAGAUUGUGCCUGAAAAUAUGCGCAGCGGUAGUGGAGACGAUCUGGAGCCAUUGGAAAUGGUGGCCAUGAUUUCAGAAGUUGCCAUGGAGUUAAUAUCUAAAUUCGAAUCAAUACCGGUUGAAGAAAGUCGCCGUAUUGAAGCACAGUUACGACGGCGCCGUGCUUAUGAUCGUAAAAUCUCACGACAAGCAUAUCAAGUUGAGAAACGCAUUGAGAGCGAAAUGAAAAAGGUCGUACGCAAUUUAGAACCACCCUAUGUGAAGCCGAAGCGGAAAGGUAAAUUGCCACGCGUCGUAAUUAAAAGGAAGGAGAAGAAGAUUUCGUUUAAGGAGCAACGCGUUACCGAACAUACGAAAUUCUUCUUUCGCGCCUUUCACGAUGAGGGCGAUGUUAUGCAAUUGCACGAUGCGCGCGAUAGUAUUGGUGUUAUGGACACCAUACAAGAACAAAUUGUACCAUUUUAUUUCGAUCAUUUCCUUAAACUGAAUGGCUAUACACCGAAUUACAAUUUCAAAACGAAUGUGGAAUUGCGUGAUGGACCUGAAGUUUCACGUGUAGCACUGCGUAAUCUGGUGCCAGAGAUUCUGGAGAAACUCGAUAAGUGGGAGCUUAUGCGUAAGCGCAUCAUGGACGACAAUAUACAACGUAAUCCGAGAAUGUAUGAAAAUGUGCGGUUCUGAAUAGUUGGCAUUUUAAACAAAAGAAAUAUAUAUAUAAUAAUCACACAAAUACAUAUAUAUAGUAUAUACAUAUAUAUGUAUACACUUA